ACACUAUAACCUCACAAAAAUCAUAACAAAAACAAAACACGAUUCUACCGGUGUUUACACAAAAUAUCAACUUAUAAAAUCCAAAAAACAUGAGUUUACCAACAGAUUUUGGUCCGGACUCAGGCGGUCGCACAAAGGGCAUUUGCAUUGUGAAACCAAUCGUUUACGGCAAUGUCGCGCGAUAUUUCGGCAAGAAACGCGAAGAAGACGGCCACACACAUCAAUGGACCGUCUACGUAAAACCAUUCAACAACGAAGAUAUGUCUGCAUAUGUUAAAAUACAUUUUAAACUACAUGAAAGUUAUGCAAACCAAAACAGAAUUGUAGUCAAACCACCAUAUGAAAUCAGUGAAACUGGCUGGGGAGAGUUUGAAAUUGUCAUCAAAAUACAUUUUAUCGAUCCAAACGAACGCCCAGUCACUAUGUAUCACAUAUUAAAGUUAUUUCAUGCUUCUGGCAACUCUAUAGAAGUAGCAAUGGAACAAAGCAAGACUCUGGUGACUGAAAGUUAUGAUGAGAUUGUUUUUCAAGAUCCCACUCAACUAAUGCAGCAUUAUUUGACAAACACCAAACAGUUGACAAAUAGUGAAUGGGAACAUGAAACAGAUUUUGAAGAAAAGAAGAAAAAUACCGCAAAAGUCAUCGCAGAUCUCCGAAUGAAAGUCCGCGCUGAAAUCGUCACACUACGCAACAAAGUAACACUCGCCCGUGAAACAAUCAACCAGUUUAAAGAAGAAAUAGCAAAAGCGCAAACUAAUUAAUCUCCAAUUCAAUUCACUCUUCCAAACGUAAUAAACCAUAACUGUAAGCUUUUUAUAUCUGAAUAUAUAUGUAACUAAACUAGGAGAA